AUUCUCAAUCUCUCUCCAUCACCAGCAGGUCCACCGUUGACGUCCACCUCCUUGGUUCCACACCGGAGCACCACCAGCAACCAGUCGAGCACCGCCGCACCAGCAGUCAGGCCAGCGAGCACAGCACCAGCAGCCAAACACGGGAUUUGUUUAAUCGUUUGCGGUCUGUCUAUACUCUAUACCAGAGUAAUUGAAGCAAAUAAUGUCAUCAUCGGAGCACAACUCUACCGCCGCUUCUACUCCUGCAGAUGUGCCCACUUCUGCUCCUGCAGCUGCGCCUGCGUCUUCUCCUGCAGUUGCGCCCAUGUCUUCUCCUACUUCUGUUGGUUCUGUAGGAGGAGCACGUCAGAAAACAGAUUCGGCUUGGAAACAUGUCAAUUUUGAAAUUGAUGGCAAAGAUGAAUGGUGGAGGACUUUUGGUCAUAGUGCUCCAAACCUGCAAAAGCUUGCUAUUCGAAUUCUUGGACAAACUUCUUCAUCUUCGGGGUGUGAGCGAAAUUGGAGUGUCUUUGAACGCAUACACAACAAAAGAAGGAAUAGGCUGGAGCAUCAAAGACUUAAUGAUCUUGUAUAUGUGCAAUAUAAUUUGCGUCUAAAAAACAGGGACAAAUAUAAAAAAAGGUCUUAUGAUCCUGUUGAUUAUGAAUGCAUUGAUAAGACUGAAUUUUGGAUUGUUGAGGAUGAGGAGGAUAAUACUUUUAUGGACUAUGAUGAUUUAGAGAGAAUGCUUUAUGACAAUAUAGAAGAUCUAACAAUUGAUACAAGCGACCAACAUUUACGACGUGAUGACAAUGUCAUUGUUGAUCGUGAGGAAAAUGAGGACAUUGACUUUACAUCGUUUGAUGUUGGUGAAAACGAGCAACUCAAUAUUGGCGAUACAAGUGACAAUGAUGAUGCUAGGGCUACAACUUGAUUUGGAUAUGAUGUUGGUCACUAGAUUGUGAAUUGUUGUACUACUUUUGGUUGUGGAAUUGCACUACUUCGUUUUUGGAUUGUACUACUUUUUUGAACUUGAACUUGUUUUUGGAUUUAUACUAUUGUGGUGAACUUGAACUUGAACUUGAUUUGUAGUUUUGUACUACUUAAGAUCUUAUUAUUUGUUAUGUUAAGAGUUAAGACUUAAGACUA